GACCUUUAAACCUGACAGAAGGAGCUGUAUCUGUGGGGCGCUAGGACCCUGCAGACCAGUAGGAGGCUAUGUUAGCACUAUGCUAGCAGAGGCUAGUGUUGACACAAGAGCACUGGAUCCAUGAACUGCCUGUUUUAAUACUUUAAUACUUUAAUUGAGACUUAGUCAUGUCUCAGGUGGAGAAGAAGGCAGGGCUGCUGAGGAGGUCGUCAUCCUCUAAGAAACCCUUGAAAGAGAAGGUGGUGCUGAUGUAUGAUGAGAUUUUUGCAAAAGAAGAUCCUGCUAAAAACAACCCUCGCUUCUGGGAUGAGCUGUUUCUUAUGAAGGUGAACCUAGAGUACCUGGAGACCAAGUUGGAGAGUGUAGAUGGGGAGGAGGUUCAGCGGAUCCAGGACAACAUCAACUCUCUGUUCCACCACUGUGUUCAGGCUCUGGGAGAGGAGCACCAGAUCAAAGUGGUCAAUGCCCUGCAGACACUCUGUGCACUUUUCCGGGGGGUUCAUCAGAAGAACAAGUCUGCGUCUGGCUUUGACAUCAUCAACAUGCUCAUGGGCUUUGACAAGGCUGAGCAAAGGAUGAAGGACCUGAUGGAGAGACUGGACAGUCUUGUUUGUGGAGACGGCUCAGAGAGUCUGAAGAGCCUUUGUCUCAAACUGCUGCUGUGUCUGGUGACGGUAACGGACAAUAUUAGCCAGAACACCAUACUGGAAUAUGUGAUGAUCAACAGCAUCUUUGAAGCCAUUCUGCAGAUUCUGUCAGAUGUGUCCAGUAGAGGGCAGCAUGGUUAUGAUGCUGUGGUCCUCUUGGCCUUGCUUGUGAACUACAGGAAAUAUGAGUCUGUGAAUCCAUACAUUGUGAAGCUCUCCAUUGUGGACGAUGAGCCAACACUAGAUGGAAUGGGCAUGGUCGUCCACCACGCUCUGACGGAAUAUAACAGGCAGUACAAAGACAAAGAGGAGGAGAACCAGGGUGGCUUCUUCUCUACCCUCACUAGUAUGGUGGGCAGCAUGUUUAUAGCUGACGCUGAUGAGAAACUCUCUGUACAGACCAACGAGGCGAUUCUGCUGGCACUCUAUGAGGCUGUGCACCUUAACCGCAACUUCAUCACCGUAUUAGCACAGAGCCACCCUGAGAUGGACAUCCCAACCACACCUACCACCCCUACUCCAACCACACCUACAACACCACUUGGCACAACGCCGCCAUCCUUAGACAUGAUGAACAACCCAGAACUCCCUCUUGAUCCCAACCUGCAGACUAGCAACCUUCUCAUCACCUUCCUCAAGUACGCCUCCAUUGUAAUGCAGGACACUAAAGAUGAGCAUCGACUCAACAGUGCCAGACUGUGCCUAAUCAUCCUCACCUGCAUAGCCGAGGACCAGUACGCUGAUGCCUUUCUCCAUGAUGACAAUAUGAACUUCAGAGUCAAUCUCCACAGAAUGCCCAUGAGGCACAGAAAAAAAGCAGUGGACAAAAACAUCCCUUCACGGCCGUUGGUGUGUGCUGUUCUAGAUCUGAUGGUGGAGUUUAUUGUCACUCAUAUGAUGAAGGAUUUCCCCAUGGAUUUAUACUUGCGCUGUGUGCAGAUCAUUCACAAACUCCUGUGCUACCAGAAGAAGUGCAGAAUCCGGUUACACUACACCUGGAGAGAGCUCUGGUCAGCUCUCAUCAACCUCCUGAAGUUCCUGCUGUCAAAUGAGACGACACUGCUGGCCAAGCACAACAUCUUUCAUCUGGCCUUACUGGUAGUGAACCUGUUCAACAUGUUUAUAACAUACGGCGACACGUUCCUGCCCACCUCCAACAGCUACGACGAGCUGUACUAUGAAAUCGUACGAAUGCACCAGGUCUUCGACAACCUCUACUGCAUGGUUCUCAGAGUAUCAACCAACACGGGCCAGUGGAAGGAGGCAGCCAGCAAAGUCACGCAUGCCCUUGUCAAUGUUCGGGCCAUCGUCAACCAUUUUAAUCCCAAGAUUGAGUCGUACGCUGCCGUGAACCACAUCUCCCAGCUGUCAGAAGAACAGGUGUUGGAGGUGGUUCGGUCCAACUAUGACACACUGACGCUCAAACUGCAGGAUGGUUUGGACCAGUUUGAGAGAUACUCGGAGCAGCCCAAAGAGGCUGCCUUCUUCAAGGAGCUGGUGCGCUCCAUCAGUCUGAAUGUGAGGAAGAAUGUGUCUCUGAACACACUGAGUCAGGACGUCCUGCUCAAAGAGUUUUCCACCAUCUCCUGAGACACACACAAACACACAUCCAGCCUCCUCCUCCCUUCAGACGGACAGACACAUUACAUUUGUGUGCGUGUGGACAUAUGCACAUACUUUCACACAUACAAUACAAUUCAGUACAAACACCAACAAGUACAAUCCUUGAUUGUUCUUUCCACGACUCGUCCUCAUCUUCUUGAACUGAACAAUGGACACAGAGACACACUGACAGGCUGGAUGCACCUUAAGGUUAGACCUGAACACUCUCUGGACUACUUGCCCCCUUUGUGGUCGUUGAUAUAUGUGUUAUAAUUUAAGGAAGUGCCCGUAUUGCACUGGUUCCUCGUGUUCAAUCUGCAGUAUUGGCUGGACUGUUAACUGACACACGAAAGUUUGGAUUUAAUUGAAUUCUAGUAUUUUUAACCCAGAUGUUCAUCUCCAACUUUUGUGCCACCGAUGAUGUUGUAAGUAGCUUCCGCUGUCAAACUGAUCCCAGUACAGAUUUAUGAUUUAUCUCCAGUAAUUAUGCGAGAAGAUUUAGUGAAACAUUAUGUCCUUCCUAACAACAUCGGUAACGGUGACCCUGGGCCUUUUUGAGUUUGAAUAUUAUUGUAAAUCCUCUUUGAUUAGAGCAUUAAUUCUUUCUUUGCGGCUGAAUGCGUGUUGUGCGAAUGUUAACUUAAUUCUCUACAUGUUCAAAACAAACUUACAAGUAUUUUGUAUUUACAUGUUUGCUAAGGGGUAGAACAUUUUAAGCCGUAGUUAAGAAUGCUCUGAAGUGAAAAAAACAUGUUAUUGUUGUUGCAAACCGUUGCUUUUGAUCAAGGCCAUGACUAACAUUCACUACUGCACGUCACACAAGUCAUUGUCUCUAUUAGUUUAACAAAUUAAUCUGAAUGUGCCGAGUGGCUAGUUUCGAAGGAAAACUGUUCAAACAAUUACUCGUUUCUCAUUCAGAACAUUUGAAAUGAUUAUUUUUUUGACUGGAAGCAGAUCUUAAAUAUGCAACUUCUUCAAGUGUAGGGUCUCGUUUCUUUCAUCUCUAACUCCUGUAGGUAUAUUUAUGUUUCUUUUUUAAAAUAAAGGUUGGUUUCCUAUUACUCAACUAGUGCUUUCUCUUUUGACUAUUUACGGAAGAAACAUCAAGAAUAACUUGUUAUAGCUAAACUAAGUGCAAAACUAAAUUUCUUUCACAUUCUUUGUACGUAAGCUUUGCAACAACUAUCCUCGUCAGCUCAACGCACACGCACACGCACACGCACACGCACACGCACACGCACACGCACACACACACACACACACACACACACACACACACACUGUCCUUUGCUGACACUGCCGACUGAGUCUGAGUCUGAUACAUCGGCCGUCAGUAGGAGACUUGAUUUCUUACCCCCACACGCUGCACAAGUGAAAUAUGACUUUUCAUUCGAUGAAUAUGGUCUUUGAUAACAAAUGCUUUUGUCUUGGAUCAUUUCUUUACUUGUUCAAUGUUCAGCAUUUAUGAACUGUGGAGUUACAACUCAGCGAGUAAAAAGUCAAACAGCUUACACUCAUUGAUUCAGUGUGUUUGGGUGAGUUUGCAGAGAAGUGAUGUCAUUAAAAUGCUAAAAGGUACACCUGAAGUAGCCUUGGUAACCGAGCGGUGGCAGUGCAUGCCAUAUAACCGCAACGUCUCAGGUUCGAUUCCGGCCCUGGGACCUUUGUUGCAUGUCAUACCCCCCUCCGCAUUUCUACACUGUCCUCUGUCAAAUAAAGGUGGAAGUGCCACAAACAAA